CCUAAUCACAACUCCUCCCGGUCAAUUCAAAAAAAAAAAACUCCUCCCGGUCCCCGCCGCCGACGCAUCCCCUUCCGCCGAUCUGAGACAAAACCCCGCCGGCGACGCAUCCGCUUCCAUCGAUCUGAGGGAACCAUGGCGAGCAGUCGGCCAGGUGAAAGCAACGGCGGUGCCACGGGUUCCACCCUUCCGUCCUGCAGAAAGUUAGAGCCGUUUUCUGAUGACGCUGUUAGCUUCUUCCUCAAGUACGACAUCUCUGCCGCCGCUGCCUUCAUGUCUUCCCUUAGUCAUUACCCGGUCAUGGAACAGAUUGAAAUCACGAAAAAGAAUCUGGAAUUAUUCAGGAAGCCUGAUUCCUCCUGGGGAGUGGCCGAGGAGGAUGAAGAUGAGGAGUAUGAUUACGAGGUGGACAAUGUUGAUGGCGAUGAAGAUGAUGAGGUGGAUGACGCUGAGGAGGAGGAGAAGGGGGGAGGUCAGGAGAUACUGAAGUUGAUGGUUGAUGACAAGAAACUGGCAACUGAUGGACAGCAUCACGUCCCCAAUGAAGGUGAACGAGAGCCCAAGAAGCCAAGAUAGCAGAGGGCUCUGGGUGCCAGGGAGAAGCUGAGGCUGUCAUAUAGUCGACAGCGUCUGGUGAUGGAAGCAACAAAUUAGCAGGGAUUGUAACAGUGACUGCAUUGUUGUUUCUCUGGUUCUUAUUUGAGUAGAUGGCAUGAGGCACCAGUUGCUUUAUGUAAACCCCAGUAGACUUGUGGUGUUUUCAUCCUGAGGAUUCCUGUCAUAAAUAGUAUUGGGCUUUAUGUAAACCAGACCUAAAUUAGUUUGCAUCCUGAAGAUUUAUGUCAACAAUAUUGUUGUCAUGCUUUGUGCCUAUGGUACUUUUGGUUUGGUUUGUAAUUUUCUAUGGUCUUUUGCAUCCU